AUGGGUGCUCCUAAGCAGAAAUGGACUCAAGAAGAAGAAUCAGCUCUAAAGUCUGGCGUUGUCAAGCAUGGUCCUGGUAAAUGGCGCACAAUUCUCAAAGACCCUGAGUUUAGUGGAGUCCUGUACCUGCGUUCCAAUGUUGAUCUGAAGGACAAAUGGAGAAAUAUGAGUGUCAUGGCGAAUGGGUGGGGAUCGCGUGAAAAGUCUAGGUUAGCUAUUAAAAGGUCGUACUCUCAUCCUAAACAGGAAGAUAACUCACUUGCGAAUACCAACUCAUUGCAAAGUGAUGAAGAAAUGGUGGAUGCCAAGCAUUAUUCUACUACUGGCUCUUCUGCACUGCAAGUUCCUACUACUCCUGCUCCAAGGAGACCUAAUGUAAGGCUGGAUAGCCUUAUAAUGGAGGCAAUAGGUACCAUCAAAGAGCCUGGUGGCUCUAAUAAAACAACAAUUGGUGCCUACAUUGAGGAACAAUAUCACGCUCCGCCAGACUUUAAACGGCUGUUGUCUACCAAGCUUAAGUACUUGACAGCUUGUGGCAAACUUGUGAAGGUUAAACGCAAGUACAGAAUUUCAAACUCUACUCCCUCGUCUUCCCACAGGAAAAGACACUUGGGGACAUCUUCCGGAAAACAGAGUGUUCUUUCUUUGCCUUCACCUAGAACAGACAGAGAUGAAGUGAGUAUUCAGACGAAGGCACAGAUUGAUGCAGAGUUAGCAAGAAUGAAGACUAUGAAUGUACAGGAGGCUGCAGCGGUUGCAGCACAGGCAGUCGCAGAGGCAGAAGCUGCGAUGGUUGAGGCUGAAGAAGCUGCAAAAGAUGCAGAGGCAGCAGAAGUUAAAGCAGAAGCAGCUCAGGCUUUCGCUGAAGAAGCUACGAAGACAUUGAAAGGAAGAAACAGCUGCAAAAUGGUAAAAACACUUCUUUUUUUAUCACCACAACACAUGAAAUCUAUGACAAAGAAAGACUUUUAA